CGGUGACGCGAGGGGGCGGCGCGCGCGGGGGCCGGUGGGAGCGCGCGGGCGCGGCGGGCCCCGCCCUCCGGUGAGGGAGGAGAGGGCGGGAAAGCGCCGUGAGGGCAGCGCCGGCAGGUGAGGGAGGCGGGAGAACGGAGAAAGAGCCGGCCAUCUGUCCCAGCCUGCUGCCCCCGCCGGGCGGGACGUGCCGAGCAGCGGAGGAUGCGCCCUCCCGCCCGCCCUUCGUCUGCUCGGGCUCCGGCGUCUCUGAGGGAGCCGCGGAUGCAGCCUGUGAGGAGGAUGAAACCUUCUGCAAUGGGCAAGCGAAAGUUGAAGGAGAGCAGUGCAGAAAGUGCUGAGUGCAUUUCCCAGGUGCAGAAAAUCUUACGUGAAAGAUUCUGUCACCACUGUGCUGCUGGAAAACUGUUUGGGCUGGAGCAGCAGUACAGACAUUUGCUGGAGCUGCUGAAAAGAACCACGGUGCACGGGGAGAGUAAUUCCGCCCUCAUCAUCGGCCCGCGGGGAUCCGGGAAAACGGCGUUAUUAAAUCAUGUCUUAAAAGACCUCAGGGAAAUGGAACAAGUGAGAGAGAACCUCUUGGAAGUCCAUCUGAAUGGGCUUCUGCAGACAAAUGAUAAAGUGGCCCUGAAGGAGAUCACCAGGCAGCUGCAGCUGGAAAAUGUGGUUGGGGACAAAGUUUUUGGCAGUUUUGCUGAGAACCUUGCCUUCCUCCUUGAAGCUCUGAGGAAAGGAGACCGAAGCAGCAGCUGCCCAGUUUUGUUUGUCCUGGAUGAGUUUGAUUUGUUUGUCCACCACAAGAAUCAGACCCUGCUCUACAACCUCUUGGACAUCUCCCAGUCUGCACAGACCCCAGUGACAGUUAUUGGGCUCACCUGCAGGCAGGAUAUCCUGGAGCUCCUGGAGAAGAGAGUAAAGUCAAGGUUCUCCCACAGACAGAUAUAUUUGAUGAAUUCCUUUGAUUUUAAACAAUACAUUAAGAUAUUUAAGAAACAGCUUUCUCUUCCUGCUGAGUUUCCCGAUGAGUCUUUUGCACAAAAAUGGAAUAAUAAUGUUCAGCAUCUGUCAGAGGAUAAAACCGUGCAGGACGUGCUGCAGGAGCUCUUCCAGCACACCAAAGACCUGCGCUCGCUGCAUCUGCUCCUGAUGCUGGCUGGCAGCGCAGUGACCGUGCACCACCCCCUGCUCACGGCUGCAGACCUGCAGGAGGCCAGCAGGCAGCACAGCACCGACUCCAAGGCCAACAUUGUCCAUGGUUUGUCUGUGCUGGAAAUCUGCCUCAUCAUAGCCAUGAAACACCUGAACGAGGUCUAUGAUGGAGAACCCUUCAACUUCCAGAUGGUUUACAAUGAAUUCCAGAAGUUCAUCCAGAGGAAGGCACAUUCUAUGUACAACUUUGAGAAGCCAGUUGUCAUGAAGGCCUUUGAGCACCUGCUGCAGCUGGAGCUGGUGACGCCGCUGGAGCGGCCGUCGGCGCGGGCGCAGCGCGAGUACCUGCUGAUGAAGCUGCUGCUGGACAGCAGCCAGAUCAUGGACGCCCUGCAGGUGUACCCCAACUGCCCCACCGACGUCAAGCAGUGGGCAGCCUCCUCCCUCAGCUGGCUCUGAGCUCCACCAGCCCCGUCACAGGGAAUGUUUACCUGCACCAAGGUGUUUGGAUCACUGAAUUUUUGGAAGCAGUUUUCUUUGCUGAUUCAUUUGGGGUUUUCUAGGGAGAACGGUGCUGCUGUUCCCUUCCAGCAGCCAGAACUGUGCCUCACUCACUGCCAGGUGCUUUAGCUCAGCUCAGUGCCAACUCCUGCUCUCAGUUCCCACUUGGAGAAAUCCAAGCUCUGGGGUUUCUCCCUGUGGCCGAGGGCUCUGGAUCCUGGCUCAGGCCCUGCUGCCCUCCUGGCUCCCUUCUACAGCCCCAUCAGGUCACAGCUCACACUGCACUUUUCCAUCUCAAAUCUGACCUGACAUGGAAAAUGUAUCCAAUUAAAUCUUUAAUCACAGCUGAAUUUACUUCAUUAAAUGUUUAAUCCAACAGCCUGUUUGGUGCCAAGUACAAGGUAACAUCAUUCCAUACCAAAUUUUUGGAGCAAAACUCAAAGAGCUUGGCUCAAGAGCUGCUGUAGGACCAGCCCCAUGUGUUUAUUGUAAAAUAAAGUUUUCGAAGAAGCAUUUGCAAGUCAGAGUAGUCACAUUUUUUAUUUUCCCGCUGGGGAAGAGGGCAGAGUAUACAUUUGUAUUUGUACAAUAUUUAACAAUCACUUUAUUGAGGGCGAGGGGGGUUGGUUGGUUUUUUGGCACCUGCAGAAAAGCAGCAAGUGCCUUUUAACAGUAGUACAACAACCUGUGCCCAAAACACUGACAAAUACAAAGAGGAAAGUUAAAGUAAUCGCUCACCAAACUCGAGAGGUAACGAAGAGGAGAUGGACUGAAAAAAACAAAGUGGAGGGAGAAAGCAAAGCAGUCCUGCUGGUUGAGUAUCUGAGGUAACAGAUGUUCCAUCAAGGAUGCUGCUGGAGUCCUUUUGCCCAGGGACGUGUAUUGCAGCUUCCUGUGUUUUGUACCAAGUGUUCCUGAUCAACAGAAAUGUCUUUAAAAUGUAAAAAAAGCUGGAAAAGAGGAGAGGGGGUGAUGACUGAUUGUGGAUGCUGAUGGAGGCAGGACAAGUCUCGGCACUGGUUACAGGUGAGGUUUGAGAGCUGCACCGCUGCCAAUCCUGGGUCAUUCCGUGCUCAAGGGGAGUUUGGGAAUACCCCAGGAAGGGCAGCUCUGGGGACGUGGGGCAGGAACUUGUCACCCUCAGCAGUCGCAGCUGGUGAGGCCGGGCAGCAAGGGGCCAAGGGCAAUGCCAGACUCCUCCCUAGCACCCCAUUCCCGGAUCCUGCCCUCGCUGCUCCCAGCUCACUCACUGAGUGCUCUGAAGUGAAACUGGAAUUCCCUCCCAAGCCCUGGGGCACAGCUGGAGCAGAGCAGAGUGGGGAGAUCGUUCUGAGCCAUUAAAGCUUCCGGGAGGAGCAGCCUUUCCUCAGGGACGCUACAUGACGCUGGUAAUCCCAGGAAGCUGGGAGUGGAACAGGAACAGCAGGGAUAUCCCAAGGGUAGGAGCCAGCCCCGAGCCUGCAGCAGCUCCUUGGGAAGGGUCACACACAAGGAGGGACUUGGAUACAGCUUCACUU